AAAAGGGUAUCUGCAUACUCUUAAAAUAAGAGUGUAGCUUUGCUUCAUCACCAGGUGUGCUUCACAUUGGCACCACGAGGGCGUUCUUCUGUCCAGUUUCCACGAUGCACACUUCCUGCGAAGCUCCCUUGAGGGGCUCGCAGCACACCAGCCUGGGUGGAUCCAAUCUUUGCGGGAGGACAUCGCAUCUUCUAGCGACGCCCUCAGCUCGAACCUGCAGGUCGGAAGCUCCUGUCGUCAAGGCCCAUGCUCGGCGUGCGGACCUGAGCGUAGCAGCCCAAGCUGUGACAGAGUCUGCCGAGGAUCUGAGCAUCAAAACAUUAGACAGACCGGUGGAGCCCCUUGCACAGCCACGAGGGUUGUCCAGGACAACAAGCAAGAUUGGCGUUAUCACUGUGGAGGACAUCAGCAAGAGCGUUCAUGCAAUCAUCCUCGCUGGAGGAUCCUCUGACAACCCCCUGGCGCGCUACCGUGCCAUGCCUGCUGUGGAGCUUGGUUCGAGCACCCAGCUGAUCGACAUCUCCAUCAGCAACUGCAUACGAUCUGGCGUCAACAAAUUGUAUGUCUUGACUCAGUUCAACUCGCACAUGCUGAACACGCACAUCGGCAACGCGUACCCUCCAGCAGUCUUUGGGGGUCCCGGGAAGCAGGGCUUUGUGGAUGUGCUGGCCUGCCAUCAGACCCCCACAGAGGCGUCCUGGUACCGGGGCUCAGCAGAUGCCGUGCGGCGCAAUCUACCCGUCAUUUUGGAGGACUACAGGGGCACCAUGCUGCCGGAUGACAUGCUCAUCCUCUCCGGCCAGGCCCUGUACCGCAUGGACUACGGAGCGCUGCUGAGGACUCACAGGGAAAACAACGCGGACAUCACCAUUGCAACCCACUCUGUGGGCUGGAAGCAGGCCUCCCUGCGCGGCAUCACCCGAGUGGACCCCAGCGGUUUGGUGCGCGAGUUUGAGGAGAAGCCGUCGGCGGACCGGCUGGCGGCCCUGGAGGGCGGCAGCAAGAACGCGACGCCGGAGGAUCCCUUCGAGGCGAGCAUGGGCAUCUACAUGUUCCGGCGCGAGGUGCUGGAGCGGCUGCUGCUGCAGAACGAGGACCACUUUGGCGACAAGGCGGGCCCCGACACCCACUUUGGCUAUGAUGUCAUCCCCCACGCGCUGCGCGACGGCCUGACCAUCGUGGCCCACUACCACCCGGGCUACUGGCGGGACGUGAACAGCCUGCGGGACUUCUACGAGGUGAACCUGGAGCUGGCGCUGCCUGGGGCGCCCAUCUCCUUCUACGAGGUGGAGGAGGGCAUCAUCAGCUCGGGCCAUGUGCUGCCGCCCGCGCUCAUCCACAACUGCGAGGUCGAAAACAGCCUCGUCGGCGAGGGCAGCGUCCUCCGGGGGUCUACGAUUCGUGGGUGCGUGCUGGGAAACAACACGUACGUGGGCGAGGGGUGCACUCUGGAGCAGACUCUGGUGCUGGGCAACGAUUACUACACCAAUGACAAAACUCGCGCCGCCUCCCUGGAGAAGGGAGAGUCUGCCCUUGGCAUUGGAGCCAACACGGUGAUCAGGGGGGCUAUUCUGGAUGACAACGUGUCCAUCGGCGAGAAUGUGCGCAUCACAAAUGAGCAGGGCAUCACAGAUGCAGACCGCACAGAGGAGGGGUUUGUCAUCCAGGACAGCAUCGUGACAAUAUUGAGGAAUGCUGCCAUCCCAGCUGGCACAGUCAUCUAAUUUGCCCGCUAUUCUGGUCCCAUGCAUCUCUCAAGACUCCCAAGCUUGGCUUGCUGCAGAGCAUUUGGUCUUCAAGAUGCUUGAGCCUGCAAUAUAUUUUUUGGCACGCUAAGGAAUGAAGCUGAUGCGUGCUAAUGACUUGAAGGCUCUUCUUAAAACCGUCGCCAAGACAAGUUGAGUGUUUUUGUGUCACGAGCUUGGCCGUCUGGCCUGUGAUGUCAAGAGGCAUGAAUGCAGCAUGCAUGAGAACCUCUCAUUGAGAAGACCGUUCUGGACAGUGGAGCUCUGAAAUGUCUGCAAUGAUGCAAGAUUUGUGUCAGGCUGUGCCGGUAUGAGGGCAAAUAUACCUUGAUAUAUCAUGUUGGGGCGACACUGAAGGAGUUCGUUCCCAACGGUCUUCACAAGUGUGCUGUAGGACGCAGGCAUUCGGCCUUUGUUGGGGCUUAUAUAUCAUUUGUUGAUGUGCAGUUCUUUAUAAUAUGUAUGGAAGCUUGCAGAUAUCUGGCAAGGCUGCUGUGCCUUGUGUAUUGAUCGUUGUCGUGCGCGGCCAAGUAGAUACCGUAUGUCAGAUCUGUUCAUGAAAUUGAUUUAGAGACAGUAAGACAAAUAGUUGUGCCCAGGUUGUUGUAAGCGACUGCUGUUGCAUCUC